AUCAUGCCGCGGCCCGGGGCGCCGGCGAGCGCCGCCGCCUCCCCCGCCCGGCGCCUGCGGCCCCCGCCGCGCGCCCCGCGCUCCCCCCCGCCCCCCGGCCCGCUCCCCUGUUUAAUAUUUCAGCGCCGGGUGGUGUGAGCGCCAGUCGCCGGCCUUUAGUGUGGCUGCAGCGGGGCGGCGGCGGCGGGGAAGGGGACGGAGCCGGGGACUGGGAGAGCAGCCGCAGCUGGAGGAGGUUCUGUUUGUGUUUGGGGUUGUCAAGUGAAGGAGGGAUCCCAGGCGCCGCCGCCGCCGCCGCCGCCGCCGCGCGGGGGUCGCGGAGAUUCCGAGCUGCGGCUGCCGCCAUCAGCAGCGCAGUGCCAGGGCCGGCUGCAGCGGCCGCGGCUCGGCCGGGCGUCCUGGCAGCAGGUCGGCGCGGGCUCCGCGGCAGGGGCGCUGCAGCUGGGGGCGGCGGCGGGGGGCAGGACCACCUCCCCCGGCGGGCGGGGGGCGUGCGGGCGCGCGUGUGUGUGUGUAUGUGCGUGUGUGUGCAACCGCCGACCUUGCAGAGGGGAUGGCUGCGUGCGGGAGCCACUUGCCACUUCUGGGCGCCCUCAUCGCGCGGGAGCAGCCCGAGCUGCGGUCCUGCGAUCCCAGCAGCAUGUGGAUUAAUUGAUGUACAUUGAGUUUAUGGAGCCACCUUUUCGUGACCUGCUCUUCCUACAGUUUCUAAGAAGAAGAAGGAGCUCUUGAAUUCAAGAAGAUGCCUCGAACCAAACAGAUUCAUCCUAGAAAUCUAAGAGACAAAAUUGAAGAAGCACAAAAAGAACUUAAUGGGGCAGAAGUUUCAAAAAAAGAAAUCCUAGAGGCAGGUGUUAAAGGAUCUUCAGAAUCUCUUAAAGGUGUGAAACGGAAAAAGAUUGUUGCUGAGAACCACCUGAAAAAAAUACCAAAAUCCCCCCUGAGAAAUCCUCUUCAGGCAAAACAUAAACAAAACUCAGAGGAGUCGUCGUUUGCCCUUCUUCGGAGUGUGUCAGAGUCUCACAAGAAGCAGAGCUCUGUUCCUGUAAGAAAUGGGAAACCGUUCACGAGACAAAAUGGAGAGACACCUGCCAUAGCUGCCGAGGCCUGCAGACCCCAGGGCUCCGUCUCGCCAGAGAAGCCCUCAUUUCUGCAGCGCCCGUCGGAGCUGCGGAGAUGGAGGUCAGAAGGCGCGGACCCCACCAAGCACAGCGUGCUCCAUGAGAAAUGGGACUCAAGUUCUUUGUCCAGUAAAACCAGGACUGACAGCAGUGAAUGUAUCCCUUCUCGUUGUGCCACUGCCCCCUCGUACACCAACACCGCAUUCGAUGUCUUACUGAAAGCAAUGGAGCCAGAACUGAGCACCUUGUCACAAAAGGGCUCGUCUUGUGCAAUUAAGACAGAAAAACUGAGACCAAAUAGAACUGUACGAUCCCCAUCUAAACUAAAAAACAGUUCAGCAAAUGGCUUGAAUCAGACUCCACAAGAGCCCACCGCCGAGCUGCAGAGUUCUCCUUGUACCUCAUACACAGUGCACGUCUCUGCUCCUCAGAAGAACGAGCAAGUAGCAGUGCAGCCAGUUUCUCAUCUGGAUGAUCAGCGCGAACUCUUUGUUUCCAAACCUAAUCAACACAAUCAGCAGCUUCCGGGGCCCUUGGGUUUCACAGGACCACUGACAAAUCUGCAAAAUCAAGAGAAUGCCAAACUUGAACAAGUUUAUAACACAGCAGUGACGUCAGCCACAGGCCUCGCUUCUCCCUCCAGUAGAACUCAGGUUACUCCUCCAAACCAGCAAAUGGAUUCUGCUUCACCUCUGUCAGUAAGUGCAGCCAAUUCCACACAGUUGCCCCCCACGCCAAUUUAUAAUUCAACUCACGUUGCCUCUGUUGUUAAUCAAAGUGUAGAACAAAUGUGCACUCUUCUUCUGAAAGAUCAGAAGCCAAAAAAACAAGGAAAAUAUAUUUGUGAGUAUUGCAAUAGAGCUUGUGCAAAGCCUAGUGUGCUUUUAAAGCAUAUUCGCUCCCACACAGGAGAGCGGCCCUAUCCCUGCGUGACUUGCGGAUUUUCAUUUAAGACUAAAAGCAACCUGUAUAAGCACAAAAAAUCCCACGCACAUACUAUCAAACUGGGCCUAGUCUUGCAACCAGAGGCUGGUGGUUUGUUCUUGUCCCAAGAGUCCGCCAAGGCACUUAGUAUCCAUUCAGAUGCAGAAGAGAGUGCAGAGAGCGAGGAAGAGGGUUCUGCUGACGGAAGACAGAACGAGCCAGGUGCCACAGAGUUGCAGCCUGUGCAGAUAAUGAAGAGGUCAUCAAAUUCUGAAGCCUUCCCAAAACCCAGUUCCAUUCUAAGCAGCCCAGAUCACAUGGGAGGUGACAUUUCACCACAGGACCGAUCUUCAGAAUCACAAGCUGUGACGGAGUUACCAAAAGUCGUGGUGCACCCUGUCAGUGUGUCCCUCUCCAGAAGUGACAACCCGCAGGUUGUCAGUGCCAAGUCUGAGCUCCCUAGUGCACACAGGCAGAAGGACCUUCAGGUCACAAAGGCACUAUCACAGUCCACUACUGUGACCUCCCUAGAGACUGAGGAGAAGUCCCGUCAGAAAGGGGACGCAAGUCAGCCAGAAGGGAAACAGGACUCCCACAGCGGAGGAGCCGCACAUGCCCAGCUGCAGAGGCAGCAGGCCACUGAUCACUCCCAAGAGCAACAAGGAAAACUGCUGCUGAGUCCUCGGAGUUUAGGAAGUACAGAUUCUGGCUACUUUUCACGCUCAGAAAGUGCCGAUCAAACAGUGAGCCCACCCACUCCCUUUUCUAGAACUUUCCCCACCAUAGAACAAGACUCCGCUAAGAAUAACAGCCCCUCUGCACCACGACUCAGUACACCAGCACCCUCUGCCUUGUCGACAGGGGAAAAGCCACCACUCUUACCUGGUCAGAUGCGCCCGCCCUUGGCGACCAAGACCCUGGAGGAACGGAUAUCAAAGCUCAUCUCAGACAACGAAGCCUUGGUGGACGAUAAGCAGCUGGACAGUGUGAAGCCACGGAGAACCUCUCUUUCCAGACGAGGGAGCAUCGAUUCCCCCAAGUCGUACAUAUUUAAAGAUUCUUUCCAGUUUGACUUGAAACCAGUGGGGCGGCGGACAAGCUCAAGCUCGGACAUGCCAAAGUCCCCUUUCACCCCCACCGAGGCAUCGAAGCAGGUGCUGCUCCUGUCCCUUCCAUCCCUCGACUGCUUGCCUAUUACCAGAAGUAACUCCAUGCCCGCCACAGGCUACUCCGCAGUCCCUGCAAAUGUGAUCCCUCCCCCGCACCCGCUGAGAGGAAGUCAGUCCUUUGAUGACAAAAUUGGCGCUUUCUACGAUGACGUCUUUGUGCCAGGACCUAACUCUUCUGUGCCCCCCAGUGGACAUCCCCGGACUCUCGUAAGGCAGGUGGCCGUGGAAGACUCUUCGGCCACUGAAAACCACAUUCUGGGCCCCAGCCAGUCCUUGGACGAGGGCCACCAGGGAGGCCAUGCCACCAUGGAACCCGUAUCAGCCCGCAGCAAGACCUCGGCACCGGGCUCACAUCUAGAGAAAAAGAAGUCUCAUCAGGGCCGAGGGACCAUGUUUGAGUGUGAAACCUGUAGAAACAGGUACAGGAAGCUGGAAAAUUUCGAAAACCAUAAGAAAUUUUACUGUUCAGAGUUACACGGGCCAAAAACAAAGGUAGCAGUGAGAGAGCCCGAACACGGCCCGGUGCCUAGUGGCGUGCAGCCUCAGGUCCUGCACUACAGGGUCGCAGGUUCCACAGGCGUCUGGGAACAGACACCGCAGAUACGAAAAAGGAGGAAAAUGAAAAGUGUGGGAGAUGACGAGGAAGUCGCCCAGAAUGAAAGUGGAACUUCCCCCAAAAGCUCCGAGGCCCUUCAGUUUCAGAGCGCCCUGGGCCCCGUCCCCAGCCUGUCCAAACACUCUGUCGCCCGAGCCGGAGACCAUCAGCAUCGGCACGUGCAGCUGCAGAACUCCCAGGUUCAGCUCAUUGCCAGGGGCCCUGAGCAGACUGUGGACCCACAGCAACAGACAAGUUUGGCCACCCAGGACAGGGCGGAGGUCAAGAGGCAGGGGGCCAGCAUCUCUGUCAUCCAGCACACGAACUCCCUGAGCAGACCCAGUUCAUUCGACAAGGUUGAGCCUUUUGAAGGAGGCUCCCCAGUUUCUUUCCAGGAGCUGAGCAGAACUGGGAAGCCUGGGUCUCUAAACGUAGUAGGGAUCUCCUCAGAGGAAGGUCACCCUUCUCUGGACCCGUCACAUCCUCACCAGCCUGUGCCGUCAGAUGCCAUUAGAGGAGAGCCGUGGGAAAGCUCCAGAAAGAUCCCAGGUGAGCGACAUGUGCUGGGACAGCCCUCAAGACUUGUCCGACAGCACAACAUCCAGGUGCCAGAAAUUCUGGUCACAGAAGAGCCCGAUCGGGACCUGGAAACCCAGGGUCACGAUCAAGAAAAAUCUGAGAAGUUCAGCUGGCCUCAGCGUAGUGAGACCUUGUCAAAGCUGCCAACAGAGAAACUGCCACCCAAAAAAAAGAGGCUCCGUCUGGCUGAGAUAGAACAUUCCUCAACCGAGUCGAGUUUCGACUCCACCCUCUCCCGGAGCCUGAGCAGGGAGAGCAGUUUGUCACACACUUCGAGCUUCUCAGCCUCCUUAGACAUAGAGGACAUCUCCAAGACGGAGGCUUCCCCGAAAAUUGAUUUUCCAAAUAAAACAGAGUUUCUCUUGAUUCCACCUGGCUCGAGUACGCUGAGUGUUCCUGGAAGCCACCGGGAAAUGAGGCGGGCUGCCUCCGAACAGAUCAGCUGCAUGCAGACGUCCAUGGAGGUCUCCAGCUUCAGAAGUAAGUCGUUCGACUGUGGCAGCAUCACACCAUCCCAGAUGACACCCCUUGCUGAGUCACGGCCUUCGACUCCCCCAUCUGGCACUGGGGUCACUGGACACGUGCCUCUCUUAGAAAGAAGGAGAGGCCCACUGAUCCGGCAGAUAUCUUUAAACAUAGCUCCAGAGAGUCUUCUGCCUCCUGUGAACCCAUCAUCUUUCCAAAAUGCUGCUCUGCCCAGUGUGAACACAGGGCCAUUUCAGGGUCCUCCGCUCCCUAAUACAUCUUUGACUGAGUUUCCUGCAAGUCCUCUGCACCCCCAGACUCAAGCUAAGGAUCUGCGUGCAGAAGCACCAAGUUCCAGCUCUACUAACAUCUUUCCUGUCCAACGGCUUUUUGGUAUCAACUUGCUAAAUCAAACUCAUGCACCCCUUGGCCAGCAGAAUGCACAGCUGCCUCUGCAGGUGUCUGCACAGGGCGACACACCAGGUGUACGUUCCGAUUCAUGUGUGUCUUCUCAGAGCGAGGAUUGCUUUGCUCCCAAAUACCAGCUGCAGUGCCAGGUGUUCACCUCAAGCCAGUCUUGCUCCUCUGAUCCUGUGCAUCCUUCGCCAAAUCAGGUUCUUUCAGAUCCAGUUGGAGUGGAUGGUUGUGCGACUUCAGUGGCAUUACCAAUCAAAUUAGUGGAUCCCACAUGUAAUUCGUGUCCUCUGCCACUACCGGAGCAUGGGCCACCGGGCAGGCAGGUGCACAAGGUGCCGUCCUCCUUCAUGCUGCCCGUACAUCUGCAGAGUAAUGUUCCCACAUACUGUUUUGCCACUGUGAUAUCGCUGCCACAAAUCCUAGUGACCCAAGAUGUGUGCAGCACACCAGCUUGUCAGGCUAAUCAGACUCUUGUGCCAAUCAGUGAAGAACAAAACUCUAUGCCACAAUCACAAAAAGCUCACCAGAAUGCUUUGCCAAACCCAGAGAAAGAGUUUGUUUGCAAAAAUGUUUUUUCAGAGUUCAGCCAAAGUUCUCACUCCGAAUCCUUGUCCGUAACUCAGAAAAUGUCAGUUGGUAGACUUUCCCCCCAACAAGAAUCUUCAGCUUCUAGUAAAAGAAUGCUGUCUCCUGCAAAUAGUCUAGACAUCGCCAUGGAAAAGCACCAGAAGCGGGCUAAAGACGAAAAUGGAGUUGCCUGUGCCACAGAUGUUAGAUCCGCAGAGCCACUGAGUCCAAGAGCGAGUGAGCUUAGUAAACAGAAAAAACCAGUUUUGGUGAGGCAGGUUUGCACUACAGAGCCCCUCGAAGGUGUGAUAUUGGAGCAGGAAGCCUUUUCUAAGCCUGAAACUGGUAGUGAGGCUGUUAACUUGACAGGUGUUUUACCAGCUGACAGUUUGUCAUCAGAACACUCAAAGUUUGCAGUCACAGAACCUACCAGUGAAUUGCAAGAAUUUGAAAACAGCAAGUCAUCUGCAUCAUUAACCCUCACAGUCCAGAAGUCACCUGUCACUUCAGAAAACACCCUCAUUUCCCCAUUGAAAUCUGUAAGCAGUAACCAUGAAGGUGAGUCUCCAGGGGCAAAGAGUCAAGGGAACCAAGUGAGCGUGCAAGGGCAGGGGCAGCCGCCAGCUGCCACUCUUCCACUGCUGGGCACCACGGACACACAGCAGCCGUCUUUCCCCAGCCUCAAGACUGCCACCAGCUUCACAUGGUGUUACCUGUUAAGACAGAAGUCACUGCCUCUGCCACAGAGUGACCAGAAAAUGUCAGCCUAUACGGAGUGGACAGUAAGCGCCAGUGACCCAAACCCUCUUGGUUUGCCCACAAAAGUUGCUCUUUCUCUCCUUAACUCGAAACAGAAGACUGGAAAAUCACUGUAUUGCCAAGCAAUAACCACCCAUUCCAAGUCAGACUUACUGGUCUACUCAAGCAAGUGGAAAAGCAACCUAAGCAAGAGAGCAUUAGGUAAUCAAAAGUCCACAAUAGUUGAAUUCAGCAAUAAAGAUGUCUCUGAAAUUAACAGUGAGCAAGAUAAAGAAAAUUCCUUAAUCAAAAGUGAACCAAGAAGAAUUAAAAUAUUUGAUGGAGGGUACAAGUCAAAUGAAGAAUAUGUGUAUGUCCGGGGCAGGGGAAGAGGAAAGUACAUUUGUGAAGAAUGUGGAAUACGCUGUAAGAAACCUAGUAUGUUAAAGAAACACAUACGAACCCACACAGAUGUUCGCCCCUACCACUGCUCUUACUGUAACUUCUCCUUUAAGACAAAAGGAAACCUGACAAAACACAUGAAAUCCAAGGCACAUAGCAAGAAAUGUGUGGAUUUAGGCGUCUCAGUAGGUUUAAUAGAUGAACAAGAUACCGAAGAAUCAGAUGAGAAGCAAAGAUUCAGCUACGAGAGGUCUGGAUGUGACCUUGAGGACUCCGACGGCCCCGAGGAAGAUGACAAUGAAAACGAGGACGACGACGAGGACAGCCAGGCCGAGUCUGGCCUGUCCGCCGCUCCCUCCGUCACCGCCAGCCCGCAGCAUCUUCCCGCUAGAAGUGGCCCGCAGGACUCCACAAGUGCCGACGAGGACGCCAGGACGCCCGACUGCUUCUCGGGGGCGCACGCAGACCCAAUGGACGUGCUGCCCAGAGUGCUGCUCACCAAGAUGACCGUGCUGAGCACCGUGCAGUCCGACCAUGGCCAGAGGACACACUCGCCAGCCAAGGCCACGCAGCAGGCUGCCAGCCACGAGGGCCAGACGGGCCCUCCCGUCGAGCCUUCCAGGGUGGCCGAGGCUGCAGCCAGGUCCCUAUGCCAUCAGAUGUCUGUGGACUACCCUGAAUCAGAAGCCCUGCAGGACUCUCUGGCAGGAAGGGCUGUCACCGUGACACAGGACACGUCAUCUGCCAGACUUCCUUCCGCCCAGCCAGCAGCAGGGGCUCCUCCCGUGGCCUCCGCCCCUCCCGCCGCCCCCGAGCACACGCAGCAGGGCGCCCUCCCCGCGCCCGCAGGCCUGCCUUCCCCGCACACCCACCUGUUCAGCCACCUCCCGCUGCACUCCCAGCAGCCCGCCCGGACGCCCUGCAACGUGGUUCCCGUGGGCGGCAUCCACGUGGUGCCCGCAGGCCUCGCCUACUCCACGUUUGUGCCCAUUCAGGCUGGGCCAGUGCAGCUCACGAUUCCUGCUGUCAGUGUCAUUCACAGAACCGUGGGCGCCCCUGGGGACACUGCCACCGAGACCGUCAGCCCCGCAAAUCCCUCCGGGGUGGCGGAGUUGAGCAGCGUGGUGCCGUGCAUUCCCAUUGGUCAGAUCCGGGUGCCGGGCCUCCAGAACCUGAGCACGCCGGGCUUGCAGUCGCUGACGUCGCUGAGCAUGGAAACCGUCAACAUCGUGGGCCUGGCCAACACGAACAUCGCGCCCCAGGCCCACCCGCCAGGCCUGGCGCUCAACGCGGUGGGACUGCAGGUCUUGACGGGGAACGCCCCCGCGCAGAGCAGCGCGGCCCCGCAGCACAUCCCGGGUCUCCAGAUCCUGAACAUCGCCCUGCCCACGCUGAUUCCCUCGGUCGGCCAGGUAGCCGUGGAAGCGCAGGGAGCGCCCGAAGUCCCCGCCUGCCAGGGCAAAGCGUGCGAGACGCCACCCAAGCAGACUUCCGUAGCCAGCACACACCAGGUCAGCAGGACCGAGUCUCCUCAGGGGUCACCGCAAGUCCAGCCGGAAAGUGCAAAAAACGUCCCGGGUCCACCUGCCCAUGCAGGCGACCACGCAAGGCUUGAUGGCUCAAGUGCAGCGGACACGGAGAAGGCUGCCCCAGCAAACCACGUGAAACUCAGGCCUGAGGCGGGCCGCGGGCAGGGCCAGCCGGCGUGCCCGGCAGAGCCUCUGCGGAGGGCCCGGGCCGAAGUCUUUGCAAAGCCGUCAGGCCUGCAGACGCCCUCUCCGGACAGACAGGUGCCCAGGUCCGCAGCUGCGCCCCAAAGGCAGCCCCCGGUGCCUUUCAGUGAUGGGAGCAGCGACGAGGAUGAGGACAGGCUUGUGAUAGCAACCUAGUGGUUUCUUUUUUAUUGUUUUUUUUAAUAACACUUAAAGGUUUCUUUGAAAACCCUCCUUUCCUUAAAGCACAUUUUUCUGACAUAAACUCAUGACUAAUAUUUGUGCAAUCAUGAACUUUUGACCAAUAAUAAUUGUUUUGUGUCAGCUCCAGCCAUUUUUGUACAUGUUGUAUAGACAAUUGUGCCUUUUAGAAGUCUUAUGUUUAGAAACUGUACAGAUUGUUGAAUAUCUAUAUACAUGAAAAUAUGUUAUAUAUGUAUAUGAAAACCAGGUAGUUAUUUGUGUUUAGUAAGAAGAACCCAUCAAAUAAAUCAAAUGAUUAAAUUAUAUGUUUGCACUGUUGAAUAUAAAUUUUUAUGGCCGUGGGGCAGUUUCCGUGUAUAAAUUAGUAUGUAAACUCCAUAUUUAUUGUAUUCAUAUUAGUCUUUGAAAUGGAUCUGUCCUUCUUCUUGUGUAAGACAGUAACUUUACACUUCAGACAGAUUUUCUGUGUUAUGAAAUGUUUCAGUAAAAUAUUGUUUACUGACUUUA